GGGGUAUGCGGCCAUGAGAGCCCGCGCCGCCCGCAGGCCCUGCUGGCGCCGCCGCUCAGGACCCAACAAGAGUAGAGAAGACAGCAAAUUACCUAAGAUGUGAGAAGUCCUUCCUUAGCAAAACAAAACCUUGUUUUCAAAAUGGACCGAAGUAAGCGGAAUUCAAUAGCAGGAUUUCCACCACGCUUGGAGCGCGCUGAAGACUUUGAUGGUGGCGCUGGAGGAGAAGGGACUGCAUCCCAGAUAGGAAGAGUUUGUACCUCUUCAUACAGAGCCCUAAUAAGUGCCUUUUCCAGACUUACUCGACUUGAUGACUUCACAUGUGAGAAAAUUGGCUCUGGUUUCUUCUCUGAGGUGUUCAAGGUAAGGCACAGAACUUCAGACCAAGUAAUGGCUUUGAAGAUGAACACACUGAACAGCAACAGAGCAAACAUGCUGAAAGAGGUUCAACUUAUGAAUAGACUCUCACAUCCAAACAUCUUAAGGUUUAUGGGUGUCUGUGUGCAUCAAGGACAGCUGCACGCACUUACUGAGUACAUCAACUGUGGUAACUUGGAACAGCUAUUAGACAGUAACCAGCAUCUGCCCUGGACAGUGAGGGUGAAACUGGCAUAUGACAUUGCUAUGGGAAUCAGUUAUCUUCACUAUAAAGGCAUUUUCCACCGAGACCUUACAUCCAAGAACUGCUUAAUAAAACAUGAUGAGAACGGAUACUCAGCAAUAGUGGGAGACUUUGGUUUAGCAGAGAAAAUUCCUGAUCACAGUGAGAAGUUACCAGUGGUGGGUUCACCCUUCUGGAUGGCACCAGAAGUUCUCAGAGAUGAACCUUACAAUGAAAAGGCGGAUGUGUUUUCCUAUGGUAUAAUUCUGUGUGAGAUUAUAGCAAGAAUACAGGCAGAUCCAGACUAUCUCCCUCGCACAGAGAAUUUUGGAUUAGAUUAUGAUGCUUUCCAGCACAUGGUGGGAGACUGUCCCCCUGACUUCCUCCAGCUGGCCUUCAACUGCUGUAAUAUGGAUCCAAAGUUGCGUCCUUCAUUUGCUGAUAUUGUCAAAACACUGGAGGAGAUUUUAAACCGCCUGAGGAACGAGGACUCAGAGAGAAAGUUUUUGAACCUUGACAACAGUGAAAGAAAACCCAAAGGGUCAAUUGAAAAAGGACCAGGAGUAAAACGUUUGAGUUCCCUGGAUGAUAAGAUCCCACCCAAGUCACCCCGUCCACGUCGGAAUAUCUGGUUGUCACGCAGCCAGUCGGAUAUCUUCUCCCGCAAGCCUUCCAGGAAGAUAAAUGUGCAGGACCCCUACUAUACGCCAAACAAAGGGUUAGGCCGGAAAGUUAAUCCCUUCAGUGCCCGGGAGGACCUCAAGGGGGGGAAGAUCAAAUUCUUUGACAUGCCAAGCAAGUCUGUGAUUUCCCUCGUGUUUGACUUGCACUCUCCAGAGGCAGGUGGAGGCCUGAAAGCCAGCCAGUCCCAGUUCCGGCAGGCGUAUAGCACAGACUGGCAAGAAUUUUCCCUCCUUCCUGGGAGGAGAUGCAGAUCGCUUCCACUCUCUCCUGAAUUGCAGCACAAGGAAUAUGGCCUGUUUGGGGGACUGUCUUCAACUGUCAGCAGGUGUGACCCAACCCAGCUAGGUGCAGAGGUUCGGCAAAAACUCCUGAGUAGUAGUAAAUAUGGUGUGUCAGAGAUUCCCCCCUUUCAAGCCAAGCCUCACAGGCCAGAAUUUCUUCCUGUAGCAGGACAAGAAGAGGAUAUGGACUGUUCAGAUGGGCCAGUGGCCCAGGAGGAAAAUGGGUUUUGCCCUGUUGAGAACACGUGUGGAACAUGUAAUCAACCAUUAUUGCUGGCCCAGCCUGAGCCACUAUCUUACAAAAAGCUCCCAGUUGAGAAUUCAGUGAACUCUGAGGGACAUGGCUCCUCACAAGUGUUUGCAGGUUGUCUCCCUUCUGAAGAAAUGGAGGUGGAAGAUGACCUACUGAAAAAUACUCCACUAGAAUCUACAAAGCCUCUGUUCAGUGUUAGUCCUUCCACCGAGCUGAAGAGAGAGGCAUGGCCCUUCAGGGAGCAGGAUGGGGACAGUCCUGCCCCGUUGUCUCAGACCUCCUCCAGCAUCUCAGCAGGUGGCAGCACGCAGUCAGCUUGUGACAUAUGAAGAGAGGGCUCAAACUGAAUGUGUCCUUGAGGGAACAGUUGUUCCCAGUCGCUUAAACUCUGUUUUUCUAUAGUGCUGAGCUUCACAUUCAAAAGAGACUCAGCAGAUGCUAGAAACUGGCUGUCAAACAGAUAGCUGCAGACAGCGUCUGGAGAGACUGAUUAUUUUAACUUUAUUUCAAACUGUGCUUAUUCCCUUCCCUGAUUUGCAUGAGGAGGGGGAACUUCUCCAGCCAGAAUGGCCAUGUGGGCCCCACAGUCCUUCCAAGAGGCAGCAGCCAGAGCAGGCACUGUGUAAACAGUUUGACCUGGAUUCCAGCAUGGAGCAUUUCAAGGCCUUAAGCUCCAUGUUGGGUAGAAAGAGUGACCCUUAGGUUUUCCAUCUUCCUCCGACUGACCAGCUGCUCUAAACCACUGCAGAUUUUGCAUUAACAUUCUGCAGUGGUGCACGUGAGUCGGAGCCUCUGCUUUAGAAACAGGCACAGAGAGCUUUCAGAGCUAUGUUGAGCAGAUAGGAAUGCUCUCUGGUCCCAGAGCUGCUGUGAAUGCUGUUGCAGCAUUAAACAAGCUCUUCUUUCAAAAGCAGCAAAAACAAAACCCCUCAUGCUGGUCGCGAUCUGCAGGCUGAGUCACAUGACAAGUACUUUGCGAUUAACAAGGCGAAUCUGUUCCCUGGUGUUUCAUUUUCCCUUGGGAUUUGGUAAUGAU